UGUGACACAUUUGAAGUGAUAGGGGAAGACAUUUCGAGGCUGUUCUUCCUUUACAAUGACAAUUCCAGCCGGCGUGGCUCUUUCCUGCCUUUUUCCUGUGGUGGUCCUCCUAUGCCUUGUUUCCCAGAGUUGUUAUGGAACACAGGUCAAUCUUGGCCCACAAACUUACCCCAACCACAGCUCUAAACCAACGUCAUUACCAAGCUCCAGUCCUGAAAAACAUAGACAGAUCCUGAGCUCCAGCAAGAACCUCUUGAGCAAGUUUCAGCUGAAACCUGGACUUGACACCAUGUCUGGUCUGCCCAACAACCAUAGGGCCAAUACAAACUUUCCAUCGGCAAUCUCCCUGGCCACAUCAAGCUCAAACAGUAAACUUAAGCAACGGCAUACGCCUAAACAGAGUUCUAAUUCAAGGCAAGAAUUGGCAUACAAAACAAAUUCCUAUCAAGGGGUGAGAAAUGCCUAUCCCCAGGAAUCUUCAAAAAUCAAUUCCAAAAGCCAUCCAAAACCAAUGCUUGGGUCAAUGUCGCAGCUACAGCCCAAAGCAUUCUCCAGCUCUCAGGUAGUGACCGGGCCUAAGACCAAUCCAGAGUCAGUCCCCAAGACUAACUUAUCUUCACUGCCUAGUCCUAAUCAAACGUCUGACUCAGCUGGCACAGUUAACCCCAGCGCAUAUAACGAUGCCAGCGCAGCUUCACUAUCCAUUCCUAAAUCCCAGUACAGAUUUCCACCUUCGCAAAUAAAUCCCAAAUCUGACUCUAACAUCACCAACCCAAAUCCAAGAGCAUUCAUCAGAGGACAGAGGAAUAGGAACAAGUUGCUGGAGACAAACAAGGAUUCCAGGCAUCGACCCAAGAGAGGCUGGAUCUGGAACCAGUUCUUUGUUCUGGAGGAACACAUCGGACCUGAACCUCAGUAUGUUGGAAAGCUCCACUCCAACUCUGACAAGGGGGAUGGCUCUGUGAGCUACAUCCUGUCUGGUGAGGGGGCCGGGUCUAUCUUCCUGAUCGACGAAACAACGGGCGACAUCCAUGCAGCAAAGAGCCUGGACCGUGAGAGGAAGUCCCAGUAUGUCUUACAUGCAAAGGCCAUCGACCAGCGGACUAACCGCUCCCUGGAGGCAGAGUCAGAGUUCAUCAUCAAGGUCCAGGAUGUUAAUGACAAUCCUCCAACAUUCCCUGAUGGACCGUUUUCAGCAACUGUGUCGGAGAUGUCUGAUGUUGGAACGUCAGUUUUGCAGGUGACAGCCUCAGAUGCAGAUGACCCCAGCUAUGGGAACAGUGCCAAGAUAGUUUACAGCAUCCUGGAGGGACAGCCCUACUUCUCUGUUGACCCCAAGACAGGUAUCAUUCGUACAGCGAUGUCCAACCUGGACCGUGAGACACAGGACCACUAUGCUGUGGUGAUCCAGGCCAAAGACAUGGCGGGUUCUGUUGGAGGACUGUCUGGAUCCACUACGGUCAACAUCACCCUCACUGACGUCAACGACAACCCUCCAAAGUUUCCACAGAAGAGCUACCAGCUGUAUGUACCAGAGCUGGCUCCAGUGGGGAAGGCAGUGGGUCGGAUCCGAGCCAGUGAUGAAGAUGAAGGGCCUAAUGCUGAGAUGUCCUACAGCAUAACUAAUGCCGACGCAGCUGCCAUCUUCACCAUCAGCACUGAUGCUGACCGCAGGGAGGGAGUCAUUUCCCUCAAGCAGCAUCUGAACUACGAGAAGAGAAAAGUUCACACACUCAACAUUGAAGGCUCCAACACUCAACCAGAUUCCCACUUCUCCCACCUGGGGCCGUUUAAGGAUUCAACAUCACUGCGAGUCAUUGUCGGGGAUGUGGAUGAACCUCCUGUCUUCUCCAUGGAUUACUACAUUAUGGACAUGUAUGAAAACUCACCUGCUGGCAAUCAGGUUGGGACUGUAACUGCUGUGGAUCCUGAUAGCACCAAUAGUGCUGUAAGGUACUUCAUUGAAAACAAAGAGGAAAAGCCUUUGUAUUUCACUAUUGGGGUGGACAGUGGCAUCAUCAGGACUACUCAAGUUCUAGACCGGGAGGAGACUGCAUGGCACAACAUCACCGUGAUGGCAGCAGAGGUUGAUAACCCUCGUAUGGUGAGCCACGUCCCAGUCACCAUCCAGGUCCUGGACAUCAAUGACAACAUUCCUGCCAUCUCUGGCAGCAGCAGUGCGCUCAUAGUGUGUGAGGGCACCAAAAAUGGACAGGUGAUUCAGACUAUCCGAGCAGCAGAUCUGGACAGCUUUGCAAAUGGAAAGUUUUCCUUCUAUGUGCCUGCUGAGCUUCCUGCUAAUCCAAAUUUUACUGUUAAGGACAACAGAGAUAACACAGCCAGUAUCAUAUUUCAUCAGCGUGAGGGCUUCAGCCACAGCAGAGAGCAGGAGCUGUUCAGCCUGGUGCUUGUGGUUUCUGAUGGUGGAGAGCCUCCUCUUAGCAGCACUGCCACGCUCUCCCUCAGGGUGUGUGUGUGUCAGAGGAACACCAGGGGGAGACACAGCAACAACGUCUGUCAGGCCCAGGCCUUCCUGUCCUCAGCUGGUCUCAGCACCGGGGCAUUUGUGGCCAUAUUGCUUUGUAUUGUCAUAUUAUUAGCCAUAGUGAUGCUCUUCACCCAGCUACGAAAUAAGAAAGCCAGCAAAGAGCACUUGAUUCUCUCUGAAGAGGACAUCAGAGAAAAUGUGGUGACGUAUGAUGAUGAGGGAGGCGGAGAGGAAGACACGGAGGCCUUUGACAUCUCUGCACUCCGAAAUCCCAAAGCCUCUGAGCCUCACAGGAAGUUCAAUAAUUACUUUGGCUGCAGACCAAGUGCAUACGCAGAGGAGGAAAAAAUCGAAGAGGACGAGUUCAAGAAUGAAGAGGAGGAGACUGUGGUAAUAAGGAGGAGAAAAAGACAGGAGGUGGAUUACAGGAGCUACAGCCCGGAGUCAGAGACUGCCUGGUUUGUCAUUGAUUGCAUUCCUCGAGAGAUGAGCCAGUCAGCGCCUUCGCUUCUGCUACAUGGUCAGGACAUCAUUCAGCAGAUCAUCCAGCAGAAGGUGGCUAAAGCAGACUCUGACAGACGGGGGCCACCGUAUGACUCACUUCAAACAUAUGCCUAUGAGGGCCACGGGUCCUCGGCUGGAUCAGUCAGCUCUUUGGGCCUGACUGCCGAAGUGCCUGAACUAAACUUUGCCUUCUUAGAAGACUGGGAGCCGCAGAGGCAAACACUACAAUGA